AUGUCUCAGACCCUGGGCAGGGACGGCGCAGAGGACGCGGAGCCUGGAGCCGAGGCUGAUUCCCUCCCUCCAAGCCGAGGCAGCCAUAAGAUCGACUGCAUCAUCUGCUAUUCCUCCUACAACCUGUCCAGCAGGCUCCCGCGCCGGCUCUACUGCGGCCACACCUUCUGCCAGGCCUGCAUCAAGCGCCUCGACGCCAUAGCCAAUGAGCAGCGGUGGAUCCCCUGCCCGCAGUGCCGCCAGAGCACGCCUACGCCCCGCGGAGGCGUCACCAUGCUCGACCUGGACCUGGCAGUGUUCCUAGCGGUGAAGUCUGAGAAGGAGCAGCCCCGGGCGGCUGGCAGGCCCGAGGCCAACUCAGUCUUCAAAGCGUCCUCCAAAGAGAAGCCGGUCACACAGCAGCCUUUGGGGCUCUGCCAGGAGACAGUGCCCCAGCCGCAGUUCCCCCGAAGCCGCUGCUGCGGACGGUGCCUGUGCUGCGGGGCUAUGGCUGACUUUGAGAGCUAA